UCAGAAUAGGUGAAGAAUCAUCCCCAUUGGUGAAAGUUGAAAGACUCAAAGGGGCUGACUUUUGUUCUUCUCCACUUGGGGAAUAUGGGGAAAGUGAGAACCUGGUAAAGCAGCAGCCAGUAAAGCAGGAGAGUGAGGUCCUGAAGAGACAGACGCCUUGAACUCCUUCUCUUUGAAAGCAGUAGUGGCCUCAUCUCUUCAGUCUUAUUUGGAGCCUAGCAUAAAGACCUCAGAGGUAUCUUCAAAAGGGAACAAUCUAAAGGAAGAAUCAGAAGAUUCAUACUGGAAAGAAGCCUUAUAAAUGUAAUGAGUUUGGGAUAGUCUUCAAUCAGGGUUCAAACCUUUUCAAACAUCAUAGAAUUCAUAUUGGAGACAAGCCUUAUAAAUGUGAGGAGUGUGGGAAAACCUCCAUUGAGAUGGCAGAUCUUAAUGUUCAUCAGAUGAUUCAUACAGGAGAGAAGUCUCAUAAAUGUGAGGAGUGUGGGAAGGCCUUUCCUUACUCUUCACAACUUAUUGAACACCAGAGAACUCAUACUAGAGAGAUGCCUUUUAAAUGUAAUGAAUGUGGGAAAGCUUUCCAUCAUCACUCAACCCUUAACAGACACUAUAUUAUUCAUACUGAAGAUAAGCCUUAUAAAUGUGAGGAGUGUGGGAAAACCUUCAAUAGGAGUUCCACCCUUUGUAGGCACCACAAAAUUCAUACUGGACAAAAGCCUUUUAAAUGUGAGGAGUGUGGGAAAACCUUCAACAGAAAUUCAACCCUUGUUAGGCACCAGAGUGUUCAUUCUGGAGGGAAGACUUAUGAGUGUAGUGAAUGUGGAAAAACUUUUCCUCAUUCUUCACUCCUUAUUGAACACCAGGGAAUUCAUUCUGAAGAGAAGCCUUAUAUAUGUAGAGAAUGUGGAAAAGUCUUUCUUCAAUCCUCACAUCUUAUUGAACAUCAGAGAAUUCAUACUGGAGAAAAGCCUUAUAAAUGUGAGGAGUGUGGGAAAACCUUCAACAGAAGUUCAACCUUUUUUAGGCACCAAAGAAUUCAUACUGGAGAGAAGCCUUAUAAAUGUAGUGAAUGUGGGAAAGCCUUUCCUCACUCUUCAGAACUUAUUGAACACCAGGGAAGUCAUACUGGAGAGAAGUCUUAUAAUUGUAAUGAGUGUGGGAAAGCCUUUGUUCAUCGCACAACCCUUUCCAGACAUCAUAGGAUCCAUACUGGAGAGAAGACAUAUAAAUGUAAUGAAUGUGGGAAAGCCUUUCCUCAAUCUUCAAACCUUAUUGAACACCAGAGAAUUCAUACUGGAGAGAAGCCCUUUCAAUGUAAUGAGUGUGGGAAGGCUUUCAGUCGGAGCUCAACCCUUUCCAGACACCGUAGAAUUCAUACUGGAGAGAAGCCAUAUAAAUGUGAAGAAUGUGGGAAAGCCUUCACUGGGAUGUCAGAUCUUAAUAGACAUCAGGUGAUUCAUAGUGGAGAAAAGUCCUAUAAAUGUAACGAGUGUGGCAAAGCCUUCUACCAAAGUUCAACCCUUGUUAGGCACCAGAGAAUUCAUACUGGAGAGAAGCCUUAUAAAUGUGAUGAGUGUGGAAAAAUCUUCAACAGAAGUUCAACCCUGGUUAGGCAUCAGAGUGUUCAUUCUGGAGAGAAGCCUUAUACAUGCAAUAAAUUGCUCAAUCCUCAAACUGUAUUGAACACCAGAUAAUUCAUAUCAGAGAUAUGCCUUAUAAAUAUGAGGAAUAUGGAAAUGUCUUCAGUGAGAUUUCAGAUUUUAAUAUACAUCAGAAGAUUCAUAUUGGAAAAAAGCCUUACAAAGAUGUUGAGUGUUGGGAAAUCUUUCAGUCAGAAAUCAUAUUUCUCAUCAGAUUAUUCAUACUAGAGACAAACCAUAUAAUUUUAGUGAAUGUGGGGAGGCCUUCCCUAAAAAUUCAACCUAAAUAUGAGAGAUUCAUAAUGGAUCAAAGUCUUAUAAAUGUGAGAAGUGAGGGAAAGCCUUCAUUACGAUGUCAAAAUUAAAUAAACAUUAGAAAUUUCAUACUCAAGAGAACUUUAUAAAUGUAGUGAAUGCUGGAAAGCCUUUCCUAAGUUAAAUUCUUAUUAAGCAACAAAUAAUUCAUACUGAAGAGAAGACUAAAUGUAACGCACGUGGAAGAGGUUUCAGUCACCAAUUUAACAUGAUCUGACAUCAGAAGCCACAUAAAUGUCAUGCAUGUAGGAAAAUCUCUCUGAGAAAGUUAUUACUGAUCUUACAUAAGAGGACAUAUAAUGGAGGGAAUAUACAAGUAUAAAGGAUGUGGGCAAACAUUCGCUAUUUAAUAAGCCUUAUUGUACAACAGAAAAUUCAUACUACAUCCAGUUCAGUCUUAUCAGUUUAAUAAGACCAUAUCAAUUUAAGGAAAGCUUUUAUCCAGAGGUCAGCCCUUAAAUAUAUUACAUAGUUAAUACUGGAAAUAUGAAGACUUUAUAAAUAAGAGGAGUACUUGAAGACCUUGUGAUUUUAAACAUGUGUUCAUCCUGGAAAAUAGCCUUAUUUUAAUGUAAUGAGUUUGGGAAUGCUUCCUCUGGCAGAUAAUACAGUAUGGAAGAAUGAAAAAACUUUUAUUUCUUGUGAUGGAAAAUUACUGAUCUAAGAACUGAAUACAGUUAGAGUUGUCCCAAAGUAUUAGGAUGUUUUAUGAUGAAAAUUUGUCAUUCACCUCAUGGAAACACUGUAGAAGGCAUUUCUUAAUUAGAGAUAACUUUUUAAUACCAAUGAUGUUUUAUGGUUGUGAAAUUUAGAACACUAGUUUCCAAAAUAAUUAUAGCUUAGAAAAGAGAGACAUAUGUUUUUAGAAGGUAAAUAUGACUUAUCAAUUAUGAAACAUGAAUGAACCAUUUGCAUUCUUUUAUGAGAAGAUGAAACAUGGAUCCUUUCCAAAUUUUGUAAUCAUCUCAGGUCAUAGAGGGAAUCUAAUUACACAGAAAACCUGGGAAUUUAAAAAAUAUUUUUGUAUUUUGAUGCACUUCAAAGAAGAAUAGAAAGGGAACACCAGGUAAUACAAAAUAGGAGGAAGAAAGGGAAGGGAAAGGAAGAAUGCUGAAAAUUAAUCUCACAUAAUUAUGGUUUCCAGAAUGAUCAAGGGGGAGGGAGGAAUGUGAUACUUUAAAAUCACUGUCAUCUGAACUUGGCAAAGAAAUGAAGGAUACAUAAAUGUAAUUGUAAAGAAAUUAAUUUUGCCCAUUCAGGAAGAGAGGAAUUGGAGAAAGGACUAAUAAAGGGAGGAUUAGUCAAAAGUAAAACAGACUCAAAGAGGAAGAAAAUAAAGAGAAGAAAAAGUAGAAAAUAGAUUGUAGAGAAAUAUACAAUUAAGGAUUUUAAUGGUAUAUGUAUGGACUAAAUUCACCCUUAAAAUGGAAAAGUGUAGCAGCUUGAUUAGACAACAGAAUUCAAAACUAUGGUUACAAGAAAUACUUGAAACAGAUGCACAGAGUUCAAAUAAUGGAUUGGAGCAUCAUCCAUUAUACUUCAGCUGAACUAGGAAAAUGCAGAUAGUUAUCCUCUCAGAAAAAGGAACAGCAAAAAUAAAUGUAACUAAAAGAGAUAAGCAAUGAAACUACAUUUUGCUGAAAUGUAGCAUAAACAAUGAAUUGAUAUCAAUAUUGAAUAUAUUCCCCAACAGAAAAAAAUGGAAAAUUUCAUAGCUCUGCAUGAUCUCAUCACAAAAAAAUUGAUCAUGUAUUAGGGCAUUAAAACAACAAUUGUGGAAAAGCCUCUUUUACGGACCAUAAUAAAAUUAUAUUCAAUUA